AUGGCUUCUAUAACAAACCUAUACUCUAUUAAGCCUUUCAAAACCCAGUGGAGAGUCCACGUACGGAUCUUGAAGGUGUGGAAACAGUAUCUGAAUGGUGUCGAGACCUUGGAAAUGGUGGUUGUAGAUGAUAUGAACCAAACUAUGCAUGUUUCUCUAAAGAAAGAGUACAUCAAAAAACACGAAAACGUGUUGGAGGAAGGGUUAAGUAAGAUCAUUACUAACUUUCAGGUUGCACACAAUGGUGGAAAGUUUCGUACGACUCCUCAUGUCUACAAGAUCCAAUUCGCAAGCACAACAUCUGUACGACCAGCCGAGGAUAUUGAUCCUAAUAUCCUUGGAUUGAAAUUCGUCAAAUUCUCGGACAUUCAUGAGGGCAAACUCAAUCCGGAUUUCUUAAUAGAUGUUGUUGGUCAGAUUGUUAGUAUUUGGGAGGUCGAAAUCCUCAAUGUUAACAAGAAGCAGACAAAAAGACUUACCAUGGAAAUCAGAGACACUGAAAAUGUUCGCCUAAACUGUGUGCUAUGGGGACCUUAUGCUUCAAAUCUGGAGAGUUUGGCAACUAAUACAACCGAAGCUGUUUUUGUUGUUGUCUUGCGGUUCUCAAAGCUAAGGCUUUACCAAGGUGUUUGGAGUGUUGGCAAUUGUUACAAUUGUUCAACUGUUUUAACUAAUCCAGAUAUCCCUGAGGUUUUAGCGUUCAAAGAAAAGCUACCUGCUGAUGGUAUUACUAUAUCCUACACACAUCCAAAUCAGUUGACAAUCGUCAAUUCUGUCUCUGUUCGUGAUGAUUUCUUCUUACAUAGUCCUCGAAGGACUAUAAGUGAGAUAAUAGCUGCAUCUGAGGUUGGAAAAUGUGUUACCAUGGCUACAAUCAUGUCAAUUGACACCGAGUUUGGUUGGUAUUACAUGUCCUGUAAAACCUGUUCAAAAAAAGUUCUUCCACAUGAUAUGGAUGCAAUGAGGGAAAAAUAUCCUGGCAGACCUUUCAAGAAACAGUUAUGGAAGUGUGGUAAAUGUAAUACUGAUGUUGAAGAAGUCAUUCCAGCGUUCAUGCUUACAUUUCGUGUAAUGGAUAACACUGGAGAAACGAAAUUUCUUUUAUUUGAUAAGCUUGCUAUAGAAGUUGUCAAUCAGACUGCCUCUCAGCUUACUCAAUUGGUUGAUGAGAUUCAGGAUCCGGAUGUUUUACCUAUGUCCCUGAGCAACAUAUGUGGGAAGACUUAUCUUUUUAAGGUUGCUAUUGAAAGUUCAAACAUUGUCUUCAAUAGUGACACUUACAAAGUUAUGAAGAUCGUUACACAAAGUGACCUGGUGAAGGAGUUUUCAGAAAUUUCUGUGUCUCAGAACACUAUUGAAGCUAAACAUGAAGAACACGUUUUGACAUCUCUCACUACAGAGGCUCCACUCUUGCUUGAAGAUGACUAUGAGGAUGUGAAGACACCGUCCUCGAAAUGCAAAAGCAAUGAUAGUGAAGAGAUCGGAAAUGACAGUGGGGAGCUUUCUGUAGCUUCAAAGAAAACCAAAAAUGAUUUCAAAAAUGGAGAUGAUGCGAAACAUACUGUGCUGAAGCCGGUCAAGAAAGAAAAACCAGAUGGUUGA